GGAUUUUUAGACACUCAUGUUUUUUUUGUUUUUUUUCAAAAAGGUACCUUCUUUUUUCUAUUUUUGUAAUUUUUAGAUUAAUCAAGAACUGAUUAUUAUGCUGUUUAUUUUGGUAUUAUUGUGUUAAGUAUUGUGGUCUGGGUAUUUUAGUUUUUGAUGUUUAUUGGUAUUUUUAGACACCCAUAUGGCUUUUUUCUUAAAAAGUUUCUAUUUUUGAAAUUUUUAGAUAGAUCAAGAACUGAUUAUGCUGUCGAUUUUGGUAUUAUUCUGCUUCUUUUUUUUUUUUUUUUUUUUUUUUUUUUGGGAGUUUUUCAUAUAUGGUCUGAAUUUUCGAUGUUUCGUGGUAAUUUUUGGAUACCCAUAUGGCUUUCUUGAAGUUUUCUAUGUUCAUUUUUUCAAAAAAGUUGAGUUCUUGUGUUUUUAAGGGUGUGUUAGGUUACUGUAGCUUUUAUUUGUAGUUGUUAUGAAUUGUAUGUGAAUUUGAAUCAUAUAUUAUACGUUAAGACGCGGAGAAUGUUUUUUGUCUGUGAACCUGUUGGUUAUUUGUGGCAGUAUUAAGUGUAAUAAUCUGAGAAUAGGAUUAACUGGUGGAUAUAGUUAAUAGAGACAGCCAUAUAAGUCCUGUUUGAUUCUCAUAGGUUUUGAUAGUGAUCCUUUUUAGAUGUAAUAAACUAGAUGAUUUAUUGGUUGAUAUAGUUAAUAGAGACCUGUUCUAUAUAAAUUUGCAAUGUUUUUAUGCCAACCUUUUGUUUCUUUGUAGCAACAACAACAACAACAUACCCAAUGAAAUCCCACAGUGUGUAGCAGUUUUGGUUUUAAUAAUUGGUAACAGUAUUACUUGGUGGGUAAAUCUAAUAAAGGGAAAAACUUAGUGCCUAUUAUGAACAAUUUUUGAGCAAUUGAUUCAUUUAUAAUCUAUGUUUGGACUGUUAGCAAUGAAUAAUAUGCAUGUGCUGCAGAUGCUAUUAGGGUCGUUUGGUUGCUGGUUAGAGUUAUGCAGGGAUUAGUUAUCCAUGUAUUAGUUAUUCCACCUUCUACCCUGCAUAAAAUAAUACAUAGAUUCCUUCAUAACUUAUACAUGUAUUAGUUGUGCGGGAUUGUAAACUGGUAACCAAACACCGUACUUGUUGUGCUGAAUUUUAUACAUAGCAACUAAAAUGCUACCAAACAUGGUACUAGUUUAAUACAUGAAUAAUUCAUUUCCUGACCAGCAACCAAACGACCCCUAUGGUUUUACAUUUCAGCAAUAUGUGACCUGUUGUUGUGGUUUAUUGCAGCAGCAAGAAACAAGUCUGUUGUGGAUCCAUUAAAACUUGGAGGGCUGUUGUUGCUGAGGUGAUUGGGGCUUACAUUAGCUUUUUCAUUGAACAAAGCAUUUCAAGUUCAUCCAACCAUCGAACAUGGUUGGCAGCCCUUUAAGUCGGAAAUGUAAAACGAAAAGCUCCAUAUGUAGUGAAGUUAAAGAAAACCAGUUAGAAGGAGCACUUCCUACUUCGGUGUUAUCUGUUGGGAGAUCUAGCAAGAAGGACGCCCAAAUUCUAAAGAAGAAUUCAUCACAUGCUUUAAGCACAAAAGCUUUGUGUGGAACAGAAACCGAAAGCACACGUGAGUUGAGUAGCGCUGAGACAAAGAAUAGAAGUUCAUUUUCCUCUCCUACAAUUAGUUCUUCCAAAAAAACUUAUACAGAAAAGCAAAAAGUCCAAGUCCAGCAAAUCAAGCCAAGGUUAAAAAAAGAUUUGGAAUCAGAAACAGCUAAGACAAGCCAAGUGAAAGAUAUUCCUGCUCCUAGAAGACCACCCUUGCCUGUACCUGCUCCUAGAAGACCACCCUUGCCUGUACCUAAGAAAAUCAAGAAGAUUUCAGCUCCGCCUCAGGUCCUAAAGGAAAUAACGCCCAUCAAGACUUCUAUCCAUCAAUCACCAGAAACAGCUAGACAUACAAAGACACAGAGCAAAGCUCCCGUCCUUCAAUCCAAAUCUCAAAAGGCUCCAACUUCACAGCUUCCACAGAAAAGGAUCCUCAACCAGAGUUCUGUAAGGCAAUCUGAGCCAUCUAAAGAAUAUGUUAGAAGGUCUGGGACCCAGAAAACAUCGGUUCCUCCCCAGGCUUUGGCGGGAAAGACAAGGAUUACGGCCUCCAUCGGGAAGUCUAAAUCAUCCACAAGUACCAAGGAGCCUUCAAGAAUUAGAGAGACAUACUUAGGACAUGAAGAGCCCAAGCCCGUUCAUCAUAUUGUGUGGGAAGGUCCAGAAGAAACAUUUCAUUCCUCUGGAAUCAUUUGCCCGCUAUGCGAAAAUGAUGUCUCUGACAUGCCUGAUGAAUAUGAAGAUGAAUAUUAUGACGAUAUUGAGCCUUCAGUUUUCCCGAGUGUUGCUAUUUUGCCAUGUGGACAUUCUUUCCACGCCGAAUGCUUGGAACGCAUUACCCCUGAAGAAAACUCUAGUGAUCCUCCAUGCUUUUUUUGUCUCAGUUGAUGCCUUGAGCCUCAAUCAAUUUGUUGAGGGUAUUCUUGAAGCAGCUUGAAGUAAUUUUGCCAAGUGUACAGAUUCCUUAUAGUUCAAAAUCAGCUGCUCAUUUUGUUCUCAUUUUUUGUCAAUAUAUAAAUAGAAACAUUCUACAGGCUAAAUUUUCAACAUUAUUUGUGAGAUUUUAUAUGCUUAUUGAAAAGUUUUCAGUGCUUCAGUUUUGGCAUGA